AUGCUCUUCCCACGAGCUCUCCUCGCCUCUGCCAUUUCUGGUGGCAUGGUCCUGGCCGAUUCCCAGCCAGAGGCCCGGCCACUGACCCAGCCGUACUAUCCCACCGCGGCCAACUGUUGGGAAUACAAAGUUCCCGUUACCGUCACGUCCCAAAACAAGGUGUUCGACUUCCCCCGAUGGGAGGACGACUACGCGCUCCAGGACUUCCUGAGCAAGGCGACAACGCGAGACAGCGCCAACUACCCAGGCCCCAUCGUCGGAACCAAGAACGAAACUGCAACGUACACCAUUGCAGCAUCUUUCUGUACUCCCAGGAAUGGGGGCUCCAAGACGGUGAUUCUUGCCACUCAUGGAAUUGGACAAGCUCGUACCCACUGGAACUCGGCCUACCGACCUGAGGAGUACAACUUUGUCCAGCACGCCAUCAAUCAGGGAUACUCAGUCUGGUUUUAUGAUCGUCUCGGUAACGGCGAAUCUUCAAGGGUCUCUGGGUUUACGAACCAGCUCCAGAUUCACAAAGCUAUUCUUGUUGAGUUGGCCAAGUUGGUCAAAGCUGGACAGUAUACAGGUGACUUUGGUACGCCAGGGAAGCUUGCUCUCAUGUCCUUCUCUUAUGGAUCCUAUAUCACCCAUUUUACCGUCGCGGAAAACCCAACUCUUGCAGAUGCUGUUGUCUUGACUGGAAUCAACUACAAUACAACGGGUCUCAACUUCAAGGGUCUGGUUCGGUCCUUUGUACCUCGUGUUGCUGCCCUGCAGAACCCAAGGCGCUUUGGACUGCUUGAUGCCGGAUGGCUUACCUGGUCCGACACAUUCGCUCAAAUUAACACCUACUUCAAGUACCCGUUUUACGAUAUUCCUACGUCUUCCUACGCCGAGGAGUACAAAAACGCUUUUGGUAUCGCCGAGUUCUUCACUCUUACGGACGGACAGUUUGACGCGAGUGGGUUCACUGGUGCUGCAUUGGCCAUUACUGGAGAAACUGAUUAUAUCGUCUGUGAUGGCGAGUGCAAGGGUAUCUUUGAGGAGCCAGCCCGCACCAUCUGGAAAAACGCCAAGUUCACGCCGUACUUGCACCCCAACACCAGUCACAAUUUCUUUUUCCAUAAGAACGCAACCGCAUCUUUCGAGGUCAUCACUUCUUUCCUGAAGUCUAACGAGCUUUAG